UAAAAAAAUAUCAGUCAGUCAUGAAAGUUGGGCGGUGAAGAAGAGUGUUUUCAGUUUUUAUUUUUAGUGACGUUAUUAUUUAAGUUUGUCGUAUGAUUUCGCUUAAUUUAAUUAGGACAAACUGUUAUUUUACUAGUGAACCAUGUAUUGAUGAUCAGUUCGUGUUGUUUUGGUGUAUGGUUUAGUUUGUGUUGGUGUGGUAUUUUUGUUUCGACAUGAUGAAGGUGGAAGGAGUCGCUUCUAGGCGACGCGCAGCUAUUCACUUCUUAGGCACGCUGACGGCGCUGGCGACGCUAGCGGCGGGCGCGGCGGCGGCGGCGGGUGGCCCGGCCGGUCCCUCGGAGCGCCCCGAGGCCUACUUCAACGGCAGCUCGUACGUGCGCCUGUCGCAACCCAUCUCGCUCAAGCAGCUCGUCGGCCUCAGCUACAGGACCUGCAUAGGCGGCGAGUUGUUCUCGCAGCGCUUCGAGGGCUACACGCUGCACGUGUCGGCGCUAUUCGAGCAGGUGGUGGUGUCGUGGGCGCGGCCGGGGCAGGCGCAGCGCGAGGCGGCGCUGGCGCGGGGCACGCUGGACAACCGCUGGCACUGGCUGGCGCUGCGGUACCGCCCCGCGCCGCCCAGCCUGCUGCUCGAGGUGGACAAGGACACGCAGGUCAUAGCGAACGUGACGUGGAACCCGGAGCUGCUCUCCCCCGGGCGGCUGGAGCGCGGCGGCGCCGUGGUGCUGGUGGGCAACCUGUUCAGCGGCUGCGUGCGCGAGGGGCCGCAGCUCGAGUUCCACCCCACCUCCGCCGCCGACCACAACGUCAUGUUCGGCCCCUGCCCGCUGGCUGAUGACGACUGCAGCCAAGACCGGAAGGAGGUGUUCCGGGAGCCGCUGACGGACCACUGCUACAACGAGCCCUGCAUGCGCCACGGCACCUGCAUCUCAAGACAGGACCGCUACGAGUGCCACUGCACGGCGCGCUACUCGGGCAACAACUGCGAGGUGGACCUGGGCCCGGCGUGCGGCGCCGCGCCGUGCCGCGCCGGCGUCUGCCGCGACCUGCCCACCGGCGACUACGUGUGCCAGUGCCCGGACCACCUCAGAGGCAAGCACUGCGAGAUCGAGGUGUCGCUGGAGCCGGCGUGCGUGGCGGCGCCGUGCCUCAACAACGGCUCGUGCAGCGUGCCGCCCGGACAGGACUCCUACGUGUGCGAGUGCCCACCCGGCUUCACCGGUCGCAACUGUGAGACGAACAUCGACGAGUGCGCGGGCGUGGCCUCCCCGUGCCUGCACGGCGGCCGCUGCCUGGACGCCGUCAACAACUACACCUGCGACUGCAGCGGCACCGGCUACACGGGCCCACGGUGCAACGUGAACGUGAACGAGUGCGAGCAGCGCGGCGUGUGCGGCCACGGCGUGUGCUACGACACGCACGGCUCCUUCGUGUGCGCGUGCCGCGUGCCCUACACCGGGCCCACCUGCCAGACCGUGUCAGGGUGUGCGUCGGGCCCGUGCGGCGCGGGCGGCGCGUGCGUGGAGGAGGGCGCGAGCUGGCGCUGCGUGUGCGCGAAGGGCUACGCGCCGCCGCUGUGCGCCGCGCCCGCCCCCGCGCCGCCCGCCCCGUGCGAGCUGCCCUGCCCGCCGCGCAGCCACUGCCAGCCGCAUCACACUGCAGGACUGCCAACGAUGAUGACUGGCGUGAUAGUAACGAAACAGACAAUUUGCGUUUGCGAUCCCGGAUAUUACGGCGCGUCGGGGGUGUCCCCCAACUGCUCGACGCUGGAGGCGGCGUGCGAGGCGGGCGUGUGCCAGAACGGGGCGUCGUGCGCGCUCGGGCCCGACCACUUCAACUGCACCUGCGCGCCCGGGUACAAAGGCGUGUACUGCGAGCAGGCGGCGGGCAAGGCGCUGGAGCCGCCGCCCGAGCGCUGCGCCGCGCAGCCCUGCGACCACGCCGCGCGCUGCACGGACACUCCGACCGGAUUCCGCUGUGAGUGCGAGGCGGGGUGGGGCGGCGCGCGCUGCGACGCUCCAGCCGCGCUUCCCGCGACCGCCGAGCCGUGCGGCCGCGCCUGCCUCAACGGAGUCUGCCGCGGCGACGCCUGCGAGUGCCGCCCCGGCUACAGCGGGCAGAUGUGCGAGGUGGCGCACGAUUGCAGGGCCAACGGGUGCGCGCCACGACAGGAGUGCCUGGAGGAGAACGGCGGGUGGCUGUGCGGCGCGCCGGCGGCCGCGUCCCCGUGCGCGUCGUCGCCGUGCCACAACGGCAGCUGCGUCGCGUCGCGCGCCGGCCUGUUCAAGUGCGUGUGUCCGCCGGGGUACACGGGUCAUUACUGCGAAUCAGACAUCGACGAAUGCCAGGUGCCGAAGAUUUGCAACAACGGAGUCUGUGUGAACGUCCCUGGGACGUAUCAGUGUUAUUGUAGGCCAGGCUACACGGGCGAUAGUUGCGAGCAGGACAUCGACGAGUGCCUGUCGGCGCCGUGCCGGCACGGGGGCUCGUGCCGCGACCUCGAGAACAACUUCGAGUGCGACUGCGCGGAGGGGUUCGAAGGAAAAGACUGCUCGGUGAACAUCGACGACUGCGCGGGCGCGCCGUGCGGCGCGGGCGGCACGUGCGUGGACGGCGUCAACGACUUCACCUGUCUCUGUCCCGAGGGGCUGACGGGCGCCAAGUGCGAGCAGGACAUUGAUGAUUGCGAGGGCUCGCCCUGCCAGCACGGCGGGCGCUGCGUGGACCUGCUGAACGGGUUCCAGUGCGACUGCGCGGGCACCGGGCACGCGGGCGCGGCCUGCGAGCUCAACGUGGACGAGUGCGCGUCCACGCCGUGCGCUCACGGGGCCGCCUGCGUGGACGAGCUGGACGACUACCGCUGCGUGUGCCACGCGGGCUACACCGGAAAGAACUGCGAGGUAGACAUCAACGAGUGCCUGCCCAACCCGUGCCAGCACGGCGGGCAGUGCCUCGAGCACUCGAACACGACGCUGUACGCGCCCGCGGCCGCCGCCUCGCAGCCGCUGUUGCCGGCCGUGUUCAGCCAACCCUUCUCUUAUGAGAAUGCUAGCGGUUUCUCGUGCAUCUGUGUGCCCGGCACGGUGGGCGCGCGCUGCGAGACGGACGUGGACGAGUGCGCGUCGGGCCCCUGCGCGCACGGAACCUGCGUGGACCACACGGGCCACUACUCGUGCGACUGCCUGCCCGGCUACGAGGGCCCGCGCUGCUCGCUGGACAUCGACGAGUGCGCGCGUUACCAGCCGUGCGUGCACGGGCGCUGCGUGGACGGGCGCGCGACAUACACCUGCGAGUGCCAGGCGGGCUGGGGCGGCGCCAACUGCUCCGUGGCGCUGGCGGGCUGCCGCGCCGCGCCGUGCCGCCACCGCGGGCACUGCCGGCCCUGGCUGCGCGGCGAGAGCGACCACCGCUUCAACUGCACCUGCGCGCCGGGCUACGCGGGGCAGACGUGCCAGCAGAUAACCACGAUGUCGUUCUCCACGAGCAGCUACGCGGAGGUGAACACGAGUCGCGAGGAGGGCUACGACAUCUCGUUCCGCUUCAAGACCACGCUGGGCAGCGGGCUGCUGGCCAUGGGCCGCGGACUCACGUACUUCUUCCUAGAGCUGUCCGAUGGACGGCUGAAUCUGCAUUCGAGCUUGUUGAAUAAGUGGGAGGGGGUUUUCAUUGGGUCGAAUUUGAAUGAUAGUAAUUGGCAGAAGGUGUUCGUAACAAUCAACUCGUCCCACGUGGUCCUGGCAGCCAACGAGGAGCAGACCAUCUACCCCAUCUCGCAGAACGAGGCGUUCAACAGCAGCGUGACGUCAUUCCCCGUGGUCAGGCUGGGUGCGGCCGGCUCGGGAUAUGCUACCUUGACUCAUGGACCCAAUGCGUUUGUGGGCUGCUUCCAGGACGUGCUGGUCAAUGGACUCUGGGUCCUCCCCGACGACACGAACUCCACCGACCCGGACCUCGACUCCAUGGACCCGCCACCCGAGCCGGCGCUGGCGGCCGCGAGCACCCUGCGCGGGGUGUCGGCGGGGUGCCCGCGCGCGCCGCAGUGCGAGCCCAACCCGUGCCGCCGCGGCGCCUGCCACGACGCCUGGACCAGCUUCCGCUGCCAGUGCGCGCGCCCCGCGCUCGGCAACACCUGCCAGUACACCUACACAGCGGCCACUUUCGGUCACGAGGCGGCGGUGCCUCGCUCGCUGGUGGCGGUGCGCGUGGAGGACGCGGCGCGGCGGCUGGUGCACGCCGCCAUCGACAUCUCCAUGUUCGUGCGCACGCGCAAGCCCACCGGAUAUAUAUUCUACCUCGGCUCCGGGCCCCGAUACGGACAGACGGACGAGACCCUCGUGGGAGCAUCUCUCAAGGGCGGCGAGCUGCUGGUGCACCUGCGCUUCAACCAGACGCCCGAGGAGUACACGGUGGGCGGCACGCGCCUCGACAACGGGCACCUGCACCUCAUACAGGUGGUGCGCAACUCGACGCUGGUGCAGGUGAAGCUGAACGGCACGGAGUACUUCCGCAAGUCCAUCUCCGCCGCCAAGCAGCUCGACGCACAGGUGCUAUACCUCGGUGGCCCUCCGCCGCCGGCGUCCCCGCCCCCCGCCGCGCCCCCCGCGCCGCCCGCGCCCGGCGCCGCGCCCGCCCCCACCGCGCCCCUCACCACCCCCGCGCCCGCGCCCGAGGACAACGACGACGACUACUUCAAAGGAGUCAUUCAGGAUGUGCAGAUCUCGAACGGCGUGAACGUGUCAGUAGUGGAGGUGUUCCCGCUGCGCGAGCCGGGGCUGGCGGUGCCGCCGCCGUUCGGGCGCGUGACCGUGCCGGCGGGCGGCGUGCUGCCGGGCGAGGUGUCGGACGACGCGUGCGCCGCGCAGCCCUGUCUGCACGACGCGCCCUGCGCCGUCACCUGGAACGACUUCACAUGCACGUGCCCGCGCGGCUACAAGGGCAAGACGUGCGGCGACGUGGAGUUCUGCCAGCUGCAGGCGUGCCCGCUCAACACGCGCUGCAACAACCUCGACGGGGGGUACGAGUGCGUAUCGAACGCUACAUUUGACGGCGUGAACACGACGCUCGCGUACCAGCUGCGAGUCCCUCGAGACCAGAACGGCAACCCGCGCGAGAUGCCGCCGCCCACCACGCUCGACAUCACCUACCGAACAAAAUGGGGCGGCACAAUCUUCCACGCGUGGCUGGGGUCGGGCGCGCAGGCGCAGUGGCUGACGGUGGCGGCGUGGCGCGCGCAGGUCACUGCUCACUGGCGCCUGGGCGCCGCCCUGCCCGCCGCCCGCCGCCUGCGCGCCGCCCCCGCGCCCGCGCCCGCCCCUGCCGCGGAUUGGAGGCAGCUGACGUUGAGGGUUAAUGCUAACACGCUUACAGGUGCAUUCGUGGACAGCGAGGGUCGCGAGGCGGUGGGCUUCUCGGAGAGCAUCGACGCGGGCGCGUGGCAGCGCCUGCUGACCGAGGGACACAUCACGCUGGGCGGGCCCGCGCGCCGCCCGCCCCGCGCCACCGCGCAGCCGCCCACCACCACCGCGCAGGAGGAGCCGGCCACGGAGGUGACGGUGUGGGAGUACUCGGACGGGGACGACCCCGCCGCCGACGACGCGCACGGAGAGUACUUCAAGGGGUGCCUGGGCGCGGUGCACGUGGGCGGGCUGCUGCUGCCGUUCUUCACGGAGGAGGAGCUGUUCGUGGGCUCGGCCGCCGCGCUGCUGGCCGCGCAGCCGCACUACGCGCUGCUGUCGGGUCGUCCGUGGGGCGCGGAGGCGGGCGUGGGCUGCGUGCUGUGUCUGGAGCGCGACUGCGCGCACGGCGGCCACUGCGCCGACGUGCGCACGCAGUACACGUGCGCCUGCCCCGCCGGGUACGCCGGCGACCACUGCGAGCUGGACAUCGACGAGUGCGAGCGGCACGAGUGCCAGCACGGCGCCACGUGCCGCGACGGGCUGGCCGGCUACGAGUGCCUGUGCGCCGACGGCUUCGAGGGACCCUUCUGCGAGACGGACAUCGACGAGUGCGUGUCGUCGCCGUGCGGCGCGGGCGGCACGUGCGUGGACCGGCCCGGCGGCUACGCCUGCGAGUGCCCGCCGCCCUGCCACCCGCGCACGCACUACUGCCGCCCCGAGCCCAUCUCCAACAACGGGUCGUGCUCGUGCUACCCGGGCUUCGUGGGCGAGCGCUGCGACCGCGCGUACUGCGAGCUGCGGCCCUGCUUGCACGGCGUGUGCGAUGCCGAUGCCGAGGAGCCGCACUGCGCCUGUGAAGAAGGCUGGACUGGCGCGUACUGCGAGGCGGCGGCGGCGGCGUGCGCGCCCGCGUCGUGCCUGCACGGCGGCCGCUGCCGGCCCGACCAGCCCUGCGACUGCGCCGACACCGGGUACCGCGGCGCGCGGUGCGAGGUGGACGUGGACGAGUGCGCGGAGGGGCUCGUGCAGUGCGGGCCCGGCGAGUGCCGCAACCUGGACGGCGGCUACACAUGCGAGUGCGCGGAGGGUUUCUGCGGCGACUCGUGCGCGCUGCUGGACCCGUGCGUGGCGGCGCCGCCGGUGUGCGAGCACGGGGGCGCCUGCGAGCAGCGCUGCACCACGCGGCCCGACUACACGUGCCGCUGCGUCGACGGCUGGGGCGGACGCAACUGCAGCCAGCAGGUGGUAGCGGAAGCGGCGAGCGGCGGGCUGGGCACGGGCUGGCGCGUGGCGCUGGGCGCGGCGGGCGCGCUGCUGGCACUGGCGCUGCUGGGCGCGGGGCUGGCGCUGGCGGCCGGCGCGCGACGCACAAGGGCCACGCGCGGCACAUACUCGCCUAGUGGACAGGAGUACUGCAACCCGCGCGCCGCGGGCCAGCCGCGCGCGCUGCAGCCGCCGCCCGAGGAGAGACUCAUCUAGGGACCUCACGCCGGGGGUAGGCACCCAGAAUCGACCAAGGAAAUAUUUGAUUUGAACAAAACUGAAGGAUUGAAGACGUUGAAGUGAGCGCAACGACGCAUAUCAACCAAAUGUGUGUGUGUGUGUGUAUAUGUGUGUGUUUGUCCGUGGUUAUUGUGCGUGUGAGUGUGUAGGAAGUUUUAUACAUUGACUAGUGGAUGGAUGAAUGUGUGUUCGUCACGAAACCGUAGAUUUAAGUAAUAAAAUAUUUUGUACUUAACGAAUUAAGCCCCCAAUGAAAGUGAUAUUUUACGAAAAAUGGAUUAUAUUAUAGGUACUUAAAUAAGAUAAGAUACCCCAAAAUGAAUUUUAAAUCUAUUUUUUAUUCAACUAAUUAGUCACAAAAUAUGAAUUUUACUGUAAUUAAUAAGAAAGGAAUUCUUGCAAGGACCAGUUAUUGUGGUCCCGUGUACUUAACGUAAUGUGAUGCGCCGCACUACGCGGUCUACUAUAUUAAUUAUUUAAUGAAUUUAUGCUCUAAUUAAUUUAAGGAUUUUAAAUGUUUUACUUAUUGACAUUUAUACUGUAACAAUAAGGUAAAUUUUUCGAAGCAUUUAGAGCUUUUCGGAAACUACUUUAGAACAUAUCACUAUAUAACGGUAAGAUGAAGUAUUACACAUGUACAAUAUUAGUACAUACUGUAUUUUGUGUUCAAAUGUUAAUAUUUGUGAUGGAAUGCUGAGUGUGCCUUACGACUUAAAGGAUGUAGAUUGAAGGGCCAAUUUCAACAGAAGUGGCGAAUGAUUAGCGCCGGUUACGUCAGUAGAACAAUUUAAUGUAGUAUUCGGGUGUAAACUCGCCAACAAGUUGAGAUUGUGCCUGGAACAUAGACUAGCUUGCGGAGUAGCGCCAACACCGUCAUAAUGAGAUUAACAUUAUUUACUUAUGACUUCAAAUAUUUAUCUGAUAUGUUAUGUUAAGAUAUAUACCUACUUCUCGGAAUUUUAUGUUCUUGUAAAGAUAGGAACUCAUCGUUUUUUAAAACCAAACAAAAUAUAUUUUAUUAUAAAAAAACCCGCGAGAUGAGCGAUAUUUUAGCAUAAAAAUAAAAUAUUACUUGUGUCGUCGUGUAUUAUUAUUCAGAUUUAUGCUCUUAAAUUUUUAUGUACAAUACCUAGUUUUAGUGACAUUUGUACUUAAUUUAUUUCGUACCUAAUAUUAAUUUAUUUACUUACCACAAUGUAGAUCCUUUGACAUAGGCUAACGGUACCAUGCAUUGCGCAUUAAAAUAAAUAUUCUGCUAGAUAACUCAGUAGAUUAGUAAAGAUGACUAAAAACUAUUACCUAUAUCAAAAACAUCUGUACUUAAACAAUUAUUGACAAUUAGGUAAAGCUAUACAUACGACAUUAUAUUUAAUCAUCCUAGUGUUUAAGAUGCAA